AAAGACAACAAGAUGAGUCACCGCAAGUACGAAGCCCCUCGCCAUGGUUCCCUUGGGUUCCUCCCCCGAAAGCGUGCUGCCCGCCACAGGGGCAAGGUCAAGGCGUUCCCGAAGGAUGACCCCAAGAAGCCAGUUCACUUGACCGCUAUCAUGGGCUACAAGGCUGGAAUGACACACGUUGUGCGCGAUCUUGACCGUCCGGGGUCCAAGAUGCACAAGAGGGAGAUUGUGGAGCCGGUUACCAUCGUGGAGACUCCACCCAUGGUGGUUGUGGGUGUCGUCGGGUAUGUCGAGACACCUCGUGGCCUUCGCUCCCUCACCACCGUCUGGGCUUCACACCUUUCCGACGAGCUCAAGCGUCGCUUCUACAAGAACUGGUACCGCUCGAAGAAGAAGGCAUUCACGCGGUAUGCGAAAAAGCAUGCCGAGGACGGUGGAAAGUCCAUCGCCCGUGAGCUCGAGCGCAUUCGCAAAUACUGCACGGUCGUUCGUGUUCUUGCGCAUACCCAGAUACGCAAGACUGGUCUCAGCCAGAAGAAGGCGCACCUAAUGGAGAUCCAGGUGAAUGGUGGUUCCGUUGCAGACAAGGUCGAGUUCGCGCAUGGCUUGUUUGAGAAACCGGUGGAGGUCGGCACAGUCUUCGAGCAGGACGAGGUCAUCGAUGUGAUUGCGGUCACGAAGGGUCAUGGAUUCGAGGGUGUCACCCACAGGUGGGGUACCAAGAAGCUGCCGCGUAAGACGCACAAGGGUCUGCGCAAGGUCGCGUGCAUUGGUGCAUGGCAUCCUUCGAAGGUCAUGUUCUCGGUGGCCCGUGCUGGCCAAAAUGGUUAUCACCACCGUACCGAACUCAACAAGAAGAUUUAUCGCAUCGGUACCGGUGCUGAUGAGGCCAACGCGUCGACGGAACACGAUGUCACGAAGAAGGCCAUCACGCCGAUGGGAGGCUUCCCUCACUACGGUAUUGUGAAGAACGACUAUUUGAUGCUGAAGGGCUCCAUUCCUGGUACGAAGAAGCGUGUUAUUACCAUCAGGAAGUCGCUUAUGGUACACACUUCUCGCCGGGACCUCGAGAAGGUGCAGCUCAAGUUCAUCGACACUUCGUCGAAGUUUGGUCACGGUGCAUUCCAAACGUUCGAAGAAAAGGCUGCGUUCAUGGGGCUGGUCAAGGCCGCCGUAUGAUCCGUUGCACCGCGCUGUUUCACUGCUUGUUAGGUCCUCUGUCGCACCGCAUUUAUAUACUAUGCUGUAUACUGUCAAUUUCAUGUCGUUUCGCAUCCUGCAUCUGGAAAAAAUUGUUUUCGCCGUC